GGCACUGAACUGAACUGAGACGCAGGCAGCAGAGGAGACAGAAGCUCACAGGUUCAGGACGCAGUUAGUUCUGCUGCCUCUGGGUCUCCAGUCCCCAGCGUCGUGAUGGGGCUCAGCCAUACCCCGGCCAAGUCUCUAGACAAGUUCAUCGAAGACCACCUCCUGCCAAACGAGGAGUUCCGCACGCAAGUCAAAGAGGCCAUUGACAUCAUCUGCACUUUCCUGAAAGAGAGGUGUUUCCAAUGUGCCCGUCACCGAGUUCGAGUGUCCAAAGUUGUGAAGGGCGGCUCCUCAGGCAAAGGCACGACCCUUAGAGGACGAUCAGAUGCUGACCUCGUCGUCUUCCUCACCAAUCUCACAAGUUUUCAGGAACAGCUUAAGCACCGAGGAGAAUUCAUCGACGAAAUUAGGAGACAGCUGGAAGCUUGUCAAAGAGAGGAAACAUUUGAAGUGAAGUUUGAGGUCCAGAAACAAUGGGAGAAUCCCCGCGUUCUCAGCUUUGUCCUGAGGUCCCCCAAGCUGAACCAGGAGGUGGAGUUCGAUGUCCUGCCUGCCUUUGAUGCCCUGGGUCAGUUGACCAAAGGUUACAGACCUGAUCCUGAAAUGUAUGUCAAGCUCAUCCAAGAGUGCAAGGAACUGGGGAAAGAAGGCGAGUUCUCCCCCUGCUUCACGGAGCUGCAGCGAGACUUCCUGAAGAGUCGUCCAACCAAGCUGAAGAGCCUCAUCCGCCUGGUGAAGCACUGGUACCAACAGUGUAAGACGAAGUGGAAGAAUAACCUGCCCCCACAGUAUGCCCUGGAGCUGCUGACCGUCUAUGCCUGGGAACAAGGAAGCGCAGAACCAGAAUUCAACACAGCUCAGGGAUUUCAGACUGUUUUGGAGCUAAUCCUGAAGCAUCAGGACCUCUGCAUCUACUGGAAAAAGUAUUAUGACUUUGAAAACCCUACUCUUGGACAAUACCUGAGAGGUCAACUUGCAAAACGCAGGCCUGUGAUUCUGGACCCGGCUGACCCGACUGGAAAUGUGGCUGGUGAAGAGCCGCAGAGGUGGCAGCUGCUGGCACAGGAGGUUAGAGUCUGGCUGAGGUACUCGUGCUGCAAGAACUUGGAUGGGACUCCAGUGAGCACCUGGUAUGUGCCGGUGACGCCUCCUCAUUACGCUUACGACCGGAUGGCACGUUGAAAUAACAACGUCUAGAAAUACUACUUAAGUCAAAUGCAAUUUCAUCUCGGUCUUUGUAUUCUUUCAACAUGGGCGCCCUCUGUGACCCAUCUCCACGUUGACACCAAAGCCACGCUGCCUACCUGGAGCUCCCAGACAAUGACCAUGGGUGCCAGGGACACUCAGGCCGCCCCAUCCCUGAGAGUCAGGGGAAGCUCCGACAUGGGACAUUGGCGAAAGGACUCUCCACCACCUUGCUGGACCUUGUCUUGACUGCAGAGCCAACUGUCCUUCCUUCUUGCCUUCUUCACCCAGAGUCAGAUUAGAUCAGGGCUGUCAGCUUUCCCAGCUUCUUUAAGAGCCCUGAUCAUUGUCUCUCACCUGGUGUUUCCCCAAAUAACAAUCUGCCGCAUUUAAUCUCACAUUGGCAUCUGCUCCUUAGAGUGACCCAGACCCACACAAGCACCUCUGCCGCCACCCUCAAGGUAGGUGUGGGCUCUUCAGCAAAUCCUAGCUGUGAUGAUGACCCGAGGUGCCAUCCUGGUCAUCCUCAGCCAUCACCUCUUCUCAGUCAAUGUCACGGCCUAUGAUUAACUGAAUUGCUAAAUAGUUGCUUAAUUUAAGAGCCACACGGAUCAUAUGGUAGAUAUCAUAUCCUAUUGUUAAUUCUUGAGGAACUCUCACACUGUUUCCAUAGUGGCAACACCGAAUUGCAUUCUCAGCAAGAGUGGUCAAGAGUUCCAGGCCCUCCACAUGCUCACCAUCACCAGUGUCCUUUAACACAUGUGAUAGCUAUGCUAACAGGUAAAAGCGAUGCCUUAUGAUUUUGAUUUCCAUUUCCCAGAUGAUUCAUAAUAUUGAGUAUGGGAAUUCCCUGGUGGUCCAGUGGUUAGGACCGGGCGCUCUCACUGUUGGGGCCAGGGUUCAAUCCCUGGCUGGGCAACCAAGAUCAGGCAAGCUACACAGUGUGGCCAAAAUAAUAAUCAUAGCGAUGAACAUCUUUUCAUAUACCUGUUGGCCAUUUGUAAACCUUCUUUAGAAAAAUAAAAAUCCAAUCCUUAGCCCAUUAUAUAGUUAGGUUAUUUGUCCUUUAGCUAGUGAGCUGUCCAAGUGAAAGUCGCUCAGUCAUGUCUGACUCUUUGUGACCCCAGGCACUGUAUAGUCCAUGGAAUUCUCCAGGCCAGAAUACUGGAGUGUGUAGCUUUUGCCUUUUCCAGGGGAUCUUGCCAACCCAGGGACCGAACCCAGGUCUCCCGCACUGCAAGCAGGUUCUUUACCAGCUGAGCCACCUGGGAAGCCCAAGGCCCUCAUUAUUUUGUCACUAACCCCUUUUCAGAUAGUGGUUUGUAACCAUUUUCUCCAUUUCCAUUCCCUUUUCUCCCUUCAUUUUAUACCUGUUUUUCAUUUCUAUUUUAUAUUGGAGUAUAGUUCAUUUACAUUGUGUGUUAGUUUGAAUGUACAGCAAAGUGAUUCAGCUCUACGUAUAUCUAUUCUUUUUCAUCAGUUACCUUUUCACUUCCUUGUGUUUUUUUUCAUUUGCUGGGCAGAAGCUUUUUAGUUGGAUUAGUUCCCUUUUGUCUAUUUUUGUUCUAUUGUCAGUGUUUUGUUUACACAUUCAAUUACACUUUGGCAAAGUUGUCAAGAAUAUACAAUGAGGAAAGGACAGUGUCUUCAAUAAAUCAAGCUGGGAACAUUGGAUAUCCACAUGCAAAAGGAUAAAAUCACACCUUUUCUUCCAGCAUGCACAAAUAUCAACUCAGAAGAGAUAAAGGCCUAAACAUAAGAGCUGAAACUGUAAAACUCCUAGAAGAAAACACAGGGAGAAAGCUUCAUGACAUAGAUUUGGCAAUGAUUUUAUGAAUAUCAUAUCAAAACACAGACAAAUGGGGGUGAGUUGGUGGUGCAUACUAGUUCUGCUAUGUGGAUGCCAAAUAUUCCAGCAGCAUUUGCUGAAGGGACCGUCCUUCCCCACUGUUCUGCAGAACCACCUCAGACAUAUGUCCAGAGUCAUGUGUGUGAGCCUGUGUUAUCCUGUUGAUCAAUUUUUGUGUCCUUGGUUUAAUACUACCUGUACUAAUUGCUGUAGCCUGAUAUUAAUUCUCAGUGUCUUGUAGAAAACUGUGUUCUAUCCAAACUAAUGUCCUCUCUUGGCUCUUUCUAUUUCUAUGUUAAUAUUAUACUCAGUUUGUGAGUUUUCACCCAAAAUACAGGGAGGCAUUUGAUUGGAAUUCCAUAAAUUAGUUCAGGGAAAAUGACAUCCAUGUAAUACUGAGAAUUCCAGUCCACAAACUUGGAACUUCUUUCCAUUAAUUUUCUUCUUUAAUUGCUCUGUAACCACAUUUUAUAGUUUUCCCCUGCAUUGCUAUUACAUGUGUUUUCUCAUAUUAUUCCUAGAUAUCCAUAUUUAUAUUAGUGUACUUAGCAAGCUUUCUUUAAUUUCAUUUGUAAUGUUGAUCUCAUGAAGACCUCAGGGUUUUCUGUGGAUGUGUUGGAUUAUAGUAUAAUGAGUGAGCUUUAUACUUCUCUGAAUUUUGUGGUUUUAUUGUAUUUUGCUGUAAAUCUAUAUCCUGUAUGACUACAAGAAACAGUAAAGCGAAUUUCUUCCAAAA